AUGUCGCGAAAGCGCGCAGUUUUGUCGCUCGGCGAAAAGCUGCGCAUCAUCGAAGAAGCCGAAAGGCGGCAUGGAGCCACAAAAGCAAGCAUCGCCCGGGAGCUAAAGAUAGCGGAAUCUUCGCUCAAAACUAUCUUGGCGAACAAGGCUUCGAUUCUUGAGAACGCAAGCAAGUUCGGUCUCAAGCGGAAGAUGGCCAAAGAAGGCGCGCACGAGAAGUUGGAAAAGGUGCUGGUAAAGUGGUUGCUUCAGGCGCGGAGCUCCGCCAUCAAUAUUGACGGCGCCAUCCUCAAGGAGAAGGCCGACCUCGUGGCGUUGCGCCUUGGCAUUGACGGUUUCAAGGCGUCGAACGGAUGGUUAGAUCGUUUCAAAAAGCGAAAUAACAUCGUCUACAGCCGCUCCUGUGGAGAAAGUUCGACAGUAGACGUUUCCACAGUGCAGGAGUGGAAAGAAACACUGCCGGACUUGAUCGCGGCAUACAAGCCUUGUGACGUUUUCAGCGCGGACGAGAGUGGUAUUUUUUAUAACAUGCAACCUGAGCAGACUCUCACCUUCAAGGGUGACAGAUGCCACGGAGGGAAGCGCAGUAAGGAGCGCUUGACGGCUCUGUUUUGUGCCAACGAAGACGGGUCCGAGAAGCUGCCGGUGCUCGUUAUAGGCAAAUUUGGCAAGCCACGGUGCUUUAAGAAUAUUCGGACGCUGCCGUGCAGCUACGAUUUCAACAAAAAGGCGUGGAUGACGUCCUCUAUUUUCACCAACUUUCUGCAGCGGCUGGACAACAAAAUGGGUGCGAAGGCGCGAAAAAUUCUUCUUUUUAUGGAUAACGCACCAUGCCACCCACCUGACACGACCAGCCUGCGGAAUGUCAAGGUGGUGUUUCUACCGCCAAACUGCACAAGCUGUCUGCAGCCACUGGAUGCCGGAAUCAUCAAGUGCGUGAAGCAGGGCUACAGAAAGCGGCUUGUGCAGCGUCGGCUGGCGGCAAUGGAACGCAGCGAGGAGGAAAAGAUCUCCGUGCUCGACGCUAUGCACAUGAUCGCCAGUUCGUGGAGCGCAGUGUCGCAGAGCACAAUUGCGAACUCGUUUAGGCAUUGUGGCUUUGUGCGAGAGACUGCCUCCACUGCUGACGCCUCCACCGCUGGCGACUCCACAUCCUUGAUGGAGGAGAAUGCAAGCACCGUCGACGACGACGACUUCGAGCGCCUGCACCCAUCUACAACCUUCGCCGAGUUCGUGGAGGCCGACGACGACGUUGCCGUCUGCAGCGAACUGUCGCUGGACGAUGCAAUCGCGGAGGCAUUGCCCGAUGCCGACACUGCGACAUCAGACGAGGACGACGCCGCCGCUGCCGACGCCGCAGAUGUUGCCGUCCCUACGUCAUUUGCCGAUAUGCUACGGCACAUAGAUGGCAUAAGGAGCUACGUUUGUACACGCGAAGCCACGGAGGACGUUCUUUCGGACGUUGCCAAACUUGAGGGGAAGCUUUUGCGGUUGGGCUCCAAGAAAGUGCAAAAGAAGCUCACGGAUUUUUUUAAAGUGUGUGCGGCGACGUCAAGACAAGAGCCCCUUUCUGUGCGACGUGCUGCUUCCGGCGUCAACUAUGUGGCAAACAGGGACUCGAGUACCGCUGGCGUAAUCACGGCCCACCAAGCGGCAGCAGCAGCGCGUACAUUGAGGGUGAUGUCGUCAUGUGAGUUCGGGCAGCAGCGGUGCCGGCAUCCAGGGAGUGGUACAGCAAAGCAACAACGUUACUACCAGUCGCUGAGUGCGAGUGGCCCUCCAGUGGUCUACGUGCCUGGCAAGUACCCGGAAAUAGAAAUGACCCCCAUGCCAAAGACCAAGCCGAAGUACUACAUACCGGGUUUCGAAAAAAAGGACAGAGACAGCAACGAGGAUGAAUGGGCAGAUUGGGAUCUGGCAUCCCAACUCCUGGACUAUUACAAAGUCAGAUACAGCCUUUGGUGCAGCCAGAUACAUCAAAAUUACCAGCGCGUCUGA